AAGUCAGACACAUCCCCUCUGUGAUAAAGCCAGCAAGAGAGGCAUUUGCUAAUGAGAGGAUUGCUACAAGGCAGACUGUACUAACAUGGUGCCUGGGCUGUGUGCGGCCAUUCCUGAGUAAAGCCGCUCCUUUUCACUUCUACCAUCAAUGGAGCAACUUUGAGAAGGAACAGCUCUGUUGAUUGAAAACCAAAAUGAGUGACCUUAGCACACCCUCGCCAGUGGAACUUCCCAAGCAUAUCCUGGAUGUCUGGGUCAUUGUCCUCAUCAUACUGGCCACCAUUUUGGUCAUGACCUCCUUGUUGCUCUUUCCAGCAGCAGCUGUUGUUAUGUACAGAGUACGGACACACCCAAUCCGAAGUACCAGGUAGCGGUGCAGGAACAGGAUCAGUUCAUUUACAGAUUUGUAGAUUUGGACUAACAAUGGACAAGAGACAAAUCUUCGUCCCACAAGAAAGAACUGCAGUCUCAUUUUCAGCCUUUAUUGAAGAAUGGAUGUGCAAAGAGACUGAAUAUGUUGGGGGGUUGGAUGAUGAAACGUCACCCCUCCUGCAUUAAAAUAUCACUAGAAAUCAAAUCACUUAUUUUAUGCCAAUCACAGAGAGAAAAUUGUUUUCCAGUUUGAACGGAUUGUAAUACAUUCUUUCAGCUUUCUCUUGUGAAAGAUGAGAAAGUAAAAAGAGUGAAUACAUUUUCUUUUUCCAGCUCCAAAUAACCAGCUCCUGUAAUUCCAUAUGUCUCAUUUCAAGUGAAGGUGCUCAUUGCAACCAAUUAGCCAUUAGUUUUGCUGAAACUGAGGGGCAACUGCCCUGGUGCAAAUGAGCCCCGGUGUCUGUUAUAACAGAAAGCUGCUCCUGAUCUGUUAUUGCCAUAAAUACAUCAAAACUACAAUGGAAAAGUUUGUGUGAAAGCAUUUAAAUAAAAAUCCAUUUAUGUUUCACAGA